GCGUUGUUCGCCCUCGACGGUGCUAAAAUGCCCUCGCGCCCUGGGCGGCAUUCCCGCGCACUGCCCAAAUGCAGAAAAACCACGCCCGUUCCCGUUUUGACACGGAGAAAUGUUCAGAUGUGCGCACGCUAGUCGGCAGCCAUUUGAUUGCCGGAAACGGUCAAAGGCACGAGACGCCGGAUGUUUUCCGAUCGUUCCGGCAUACGAAGGUAGAUCGCGCCAUCGCAAACGACAUCUCGACUUUGGAGCCGCUUCCUCCUCCAUUCGGAUUGGAGUGGGCGUUGUUGCUAUGGUAACAGAAGCAGGUCCACGUCCGGCUGGAAAAUAGUACGCCGCUUGUAAAACGGCAGGCGCAACGCAUCGACUUCCCGCUCGUCAAGCAAAAGGCGCAAGUCGGAAGAUUCUGGUCUGGAUAGCCUUUGGCUUGGCUUCGGGCAGCCCAUUUGCGGAAUAUCCGCUAUUGCGAGGGAGAGGGAGAGAGAGGGAAGCAGAGGGAGGGAGCUGAGGAAGGGAGGGCGUCGGGCUUGCCUCGCUUCUCCGCCUGCUCCUCUCAGCCCACACAAUCCCCGACAACUGCCUCGAUGUUGGAAACGCUCCGAGUGACUUCUUGAAAAGGCGGCCCGAGGACGCGCAAGCCACAGGAUAAGUUGCCGUCGCCGAAGCCGUCAUGGAGGAAAAAGAGCUUCUGAAGGAACGCCUCCAGGCCAUCACGGACAAGAGGAGAAUCCAGGAAUACAUUGCCGAGAAAAGAAGACGAGUCGAGGAAGAGAAACUCCAGCUCCAAUACAUCAAGAAGAAGGCUUUGAGGGAUCAGUGGCUGACGGACGGUUUGAGUCGGCAAUCGGAGGAGGAGCGGGAGGCCGCAAGGCUUCGGGCUCAGGACGAACGGCAACGGAGCGACGCACUGCAGGGCAACGUUGACAGGAUGGAAAAGGAAAUCGAGGCCUUAGAAGCGGAGGAGCUCAACAUCUCGGCCAAUGAGGAAUUGGUUCUGAAGCGAUUAAAAGAAGUGGAGAGGACAGCGGAGGACAUCAUCAAGAAAGCCACUUCCGAGGCCGAAGAAUCCGACGGGCAGGAGCUAAAGCCGGAUUUCGACGCUUCCGAGAAUCCCGACUCUGACGGCGUCGCUAUGGAAACCGCCGAGCUACCGGAAGCCGAGACGGACGGCGGCGGGGACGUCGUCGCCGCGGCCCCUUCCGACAUCGAUCGCGGGCCGAGAAGUCCGACAGCGACGCCGGCGGAUUCGGACGACGACGAAUCGAGCGGCGGCCGCUUCCCAAGCGACCCGGCCUCGCCCGGCAGCGGCGCCGUCCGGGAAGAGGGGGAAGCCGUCGCGUCGGAGGAAGGAGGCGAGGGGCUCCGACCGAACGAGUCCGUCGCUUCUUCCGUGUCCGACGCGCUCUCCGGUGCCGAAAGCGUUUGCGAAAGCGAGGCCCACCGGUGCACGGAGCGAGGGGGGGAUCUGGAGCGCCACGGGGGGGCUCUCCGACCGUACCCCGAUGAGGAAGAUGAACCCGACUGCGCCGAAACGUGGAACCCACAAGUCCCCGGGGAGCCCCCGGAGCCGCCGCUUCCCCGGGGAGUCGCGGGAGAGGAGGCUCUGUCGGACGUAUCGAGCGAGUCCUGCCCCGACCCGGCCCCCGACGACGUGGACGAGUGCCUCCGAGUGGAAAUCGCAGCCGCCUCCUCCGACAGUGAGACGGAUGAAAAAUGGAGGGCCGUCUUUUCCUCCUCCAUCAACAAAGAAGACGACGACUCCUAUCUGGACGCUCUCAACUUAAGCGCACGGGAGCUCUUUGUGCAGAAAGUCGAAGCGACGGACUCGGAAGAGCGAGGGGACGAUGGCGAGGCGCGACCGAGCCCGCCAGAAGCGGAAGGGCGGCCAGAGGCCUCGUCCCCGCUGCCGAUCGACAUCCCCGAGGGGGAAGAGCGAGGCGGGAGAGCCUGGCGCGACGACCCCGGCGCUCUGGGGCCGCACGCGUGCCGCGCCCGGGAUCCCGACAGGAGGCUCCCCAAAGACUUCUGCGUGAUCCAAGAGACGGCGAGCGACAACGUCAGCACGGAGCACGUCGACUUCCAGUCGGCGCGCGAGCAGUGGCGGGCGAUGGAAGAGCAAAGUAACAAUAAGGCGCUGCUGCCCGCCGCCCGCCAGCCCGACCCCCGCGCCGGCCGCGCUCGCACGUACGCGCCGGUGCGAAAUAUGGAGAGAGGCGACGGGUGGGCCCGGGAGGCGGAGCCCUCCGCCCCGCAAUUCAGCCCGUGCUCGGAAGACUCCGGCUUGGACGAUUCCACUCCCAGGUCUCCCGACGACGAGGCGGAAACGCCGCUCCGGAGGGAGGCGGGCCCGUCGGCCGGCGCCCCGCCCCCCGCCGCGCCCUCCUUGGUCAUCACGCCCUCUCCCGCCAGGGAGCCGCCGAGAGAGGAGCCCGGGGCGAUGGCGGCGGGUCGCGGCCAGCGGCGCCCCGAGGACCUCGCGGUGCCAGAGACCUCUGACGCGAUUGUUCGCAGCGCUUCCGAGUUCUCGCUGGACAGAGCCUGCCAGCCCCAAGAGAAAAUGUUCCCCAGCAACCCCUUCUUCAAGCUGCGUUCGCGAAGCAGUGUGUCUCUGGUGGACGAGGAGGUGCGAGCGGUGCGGCGACGAGAGGAAGAGCUGCGCGAGGAGAGGGCCCGUCUCUAUGGCCGCGGCCGGCCCGCCGACAAAAGGAUGCCGUCCAACAAAUCGGCCGCCUUGUCGCUGGACCGCCCGGCUUCAUCGCCAAUGAAGUGCAAGUCGUCGCCAUCGUCGCCCAUGAAAACGGCCAAAAUGGAUCGCUCCGCUCUGUCCUGCGAUCACAGAUUUCCAGUGGGCUGCGCCGUGGGAAGACGCAAGAGCGCCAUGGCUCUGCGCUGGGAGGCGGGCUGCUUCGCCAAAAACGACUGACGGGGGAAACGGCGAGACGUCCCGGUGGGAAGGAUGCCCCCGCUGCCGAUUGCUCCGCUUGAUUUUCCGGCAUCCGUUCAAUGUUUGGGUCUUGAUUGAAAUAAGCCACGAUGGUCCAAAGGCCUCUCUGUCAGCGUGCGCCUUCGAAUGGCAGCAAAGCGGGAAUUCUUCGAUUUCAAAUAAAUGAGGCUCCUCGGUUCACUUCGUUGCGGUUCCGCUCCCACUCGCGCGCGGCUCUGCUGUUGCGUAUCCGCACCGGCGAAUGAGGCGUCGACGUUUGCGAGCGAGUGCACCUUAGCGGCGAGCCUUUUUGCAUUUUUCUGGAGUCUCGGGUCUGACGAAGACGUCGUGAGGAAUCGGAAGGAGGAAAAUGCGCAUCCUUGUUCGCUAAGCUGAUGUGGCAGGUCUCGGCCAAAAGGCGGCGCGCUAGAGGUGCCGUGGUCUUAACGCGCUGCGCAAAGGGGCGCAGUAGUUUGUCCCUUGCUUUUUGUCUUUUCUUCCUUCCCCGAAUUGCGGCGUUUUUGCUCUCGUGGCUUUUGUAGUCGUUCGCCUUGCCGAAAAGUGCGCGCAUGUGUUUUGUGUUUGUAAGCCGCCGCGGCUGCCUUCAUUGUUGAAAGCUCUUUCUUGACAUUUGGAUGUUGCUCUGGCAGACGAUACUUGAGACGCUCAUGUUGCAUUGUGUCCUUUUUUUGCCAUUUUACGAUGAGCAAAAACAUGGUUCCAAACUUUUGCUCAAAUGUGCCAUGAGUUUUGCUUCUUUAUUUCUUUUUCUAAUGUCAAAGAGUGACUCUAUGGUAUGAGCUGUGUGUGUGUGUGUUUGUGUGUGUGUAUAUUCCUAUGAAUGAAUACUCUAAGAAAUUUUCAACUACUGUAUUUUCAUGACUAGAAGGCGCCAUUAAAAGUCUGAAAUGUUCUCCAAAAUGGACAGGACGCCUUAUGAUGCGGAGCGUCUUGUGUAUGCGCUGAGUUCCAAAACCUGACUGUCAGCCGACCCGCUGUUUAUAUAGAGAAAAGGCGGAAGUGACUGUGGACAGGCAUGCGGCAAAGAAGUCGGCCAAUCAGUGAAGGGUGGGCGUGUAUAUUUACAUAUAUGGCAUGCGGGGAAGAAGUCCGCCAAUGAGUGAAGGGUGGGCGUGUAAGUGGACGCUAAAGGGAUGCCCCAAGCAGGUACCAACACCUGUAUAGAGUGUGGCUAUGUGCAUUGUUGCAAAACAACUUCGGUUUUGGUUUCUAAGAACGCCCGAAAAUAAAUUCUAUGUUUAUAUUCGAGAAUAUAUUCUAUCUAUAUAUUCAAUCGUCGUGAAAACACGGUAGGCAGCUCUGCUUGCCUCACGGAUUUGAUCCCAACUUUUUAUUUACCAACAGCGUAAAUAUUCAAUGUAAAGACACUCCCCCCGCCCCCAUUUCCCAACAGCAUGAAUGAGAAGCGCAAGCUCUGUGUUUCUUGGCUUCCGGUGUUGUUUUUCCACGUCACGUUUGAAACGCGCUCAGGUUUUGCUUGCAAGUGCUCAUGCUUGCCCGUGCCACUUCCGCAACAAUAAAAUAUUGAUUGGAAAAUCAA